AUGGUGAUGAAGUGUAAUUUCUUAUCAAGCCUAUGGGGGGAAUGUUCAAAGAAGUCUUCUCUACACAGUGGUGUCAAAAAUGAGCGAAACCACGUACCUUCACGAAGACGACGGAGGCUCCGUUCAAAGCUUCUUCAGAGUAGAGGGUUGGGUGGUUCGAAAGUUGCAGAGUUAGGUUCUAUUGCAAGGUCACGAUUUGUGAGGGUGAAGGUAACAAUGGUUAGGCUAGUGUUGAUAUGUUGCAGAUUUAAGGGAAGGAAAGCAAAUAUGGUUUUACAUGUUUUUGGACUUAUAUGUAUAGGUUAUGCGGGGCUGAAUUUGGAUUGUUGUAGGCAGCAUAGGACUGCUUUGAAUGCAGGGCAUUUGGACAGGUUUUGGACAGUAUUGCAAGUUGUUUUCGCAGGGCUAUUUUUGUCUGGUUUUGACUGUUUUAAUAGCAAGUUUUAUGGAAGGCUCGACAAAGGGUGUAACAGGUUUUGA